GUGCUGACGGCCAAUCCCCUGAUCGCCUUUUCCACCAGCUGGGAUCUCUGGAGCGCCCAGCCUCCCCUCCCGGCCUCCCACCUUUCUUUCUCCAGGCACCGCACACAUAAAUCACGGCGGGGAGGCAGGCUUGGUUCCCCCUGCUCUGGGAGACGCUGUUGCCCCCUCUCUCGCUCACACGGGAUUUUGCAGUAGAGGUAGCAGCCGCCGCCGAACCGGGCAUUGGGAAGCAAUCUAUUCAUCUACUGCGAGCAGCCAGAGUUGCUGAGGACCAGAGAGAAAGAGAGGGAGGAGAGGAAAGGAGAGAGAGCUCACAGCGAAAACCUUCACGCAUGUGGAGGACAGCCUGAGGAAGGCAGCCUGCCUCGGCCACCGACUCGCGGGCUGGUCUGAGUUGUCUCCUCUCCUGCCAGCGGCACCUCCACUGAGCCUUGAAACCAAGUCAUCCGGACUUAGCAUCUUGCCACUGGCAGAGAGGGAGGAGUUGGCAAGAAUUUUGCUCAGCUGUUCCCCCUGCCAUCUUCCGGUGUCUUGGAGCAGUGGCCCUCCACCAUGACCGACACCGUGUUCAGCAGCUCUAACCGCUGGACGUAUCCCGGGGACCGACCCCUUCAAUCAAAUGAUAAAGAACAGCUCCAGGGAGGCUGGUCCGUCCACCCCAAUGGCCAGCCAGACAGACAGAGGAAGCAAGAAGAGCUGACCGAUGAGGAGAAGGAAAUCAUCAACAGGGUGAUUGCCCGAGCGGAGAAAAUGGAAGCAAUGGAGCAGGAGCGAAUUGGGCGCCUGGUGGACCGCCUAGAGAACAUGAGGAAGAAUGUGGCUGGGGACGGGGUGAACCGCUGCAUCCUGUGUGGAGAGCAGCUGGGCAUGCUGGGCUCUGCCUGCGUGGUGUGUGAGGACUGUAAGAAGAACGUCUGCACCAAGUGUGGGGUGGAGACCUCCAACAACCGCCCGCAUUCUGUGUGGCUUUGCAAAAUCUGCAUCGAGCAGAGAGAGGUGUGGAAGCGUUCUGGAGCAUGGUUUUUCAAAGGCUUCCCCAAACAGGUCCUCCCACAACCUAUGCCUAUAAAGAAGACCAAGCCUCAACAGCCUGUCAGCGAGCCUGCUGCCCCUGAGCAGCCCACCCCUGAGCCUAAACAGACAGCCAGGGCUCCAGCUAGAGGGGACACUGAAGACAGGAGGGGCCCAGGUCAGAAGCCAGGUCCUGACGUAGCCUCUGCUCCUGGGCGAGGAAGCUAUGGGCCUCCUGUGCGCAGGGCCUCCGAAGCACGAAUGGGCUCAUCAGGCCAGGAGUCAGAGAGCUGGGACCAUGGCCAGAGUGGGGCUCCUGGAGACUCGAGCCGGAGUCCAGCAGGUUUGAGACGGGCCAACUCAGUCCAGGCCUCCAGACCCACCCCAGCCCCGCAGAGUCCAGCAGCUCCUCAGCCUGGGCAGCCAGGGCCCCCGGCAGGCAGCAGACCUAGCCCUGGGCCAGCAGGACGCCUUCCAGACCAGAGACCAGAGGUGGCUCCAAGCGACCCUGGUUAUACAGGGACCACUGCCCCACCCCGGGAGGAGAGAACAGCAGGGGUUGGGGGCUACCCGGCAGUUGGAGCCAGGGAGGACCGAGCGGGCCACCCCCCAGGUCCCUAUCCACAAACACCGGCAGCUGCUCCCCAGCCAGCCACGGCCCCUGCCCGCCAGCCACCGCCCCCAGAGGAGGAGGAGGAAGAAGCCAACAGUUACGACUCGGAUGAAGCAACCACCCUGGGUGCCCUGGAAUUCAGCCUGCUCUACGACCAGGACAACAGCUCCUUGCAGUGCACCAUCAUCAAGGCGAAGGGACUGAAGCCCAUGGAUUCCAACGGCCUGGCCGAUCCCUACGUGAAGUUGCACCUCCUGCCAGGAGCCAGCAAGUCCAACAAGCUUCGUACAAAAACUCUGCGGAACACCCGGAACCCCGUCUGGAAUGAGACCCUCGUCUAUCAUGGUAUCACCGACGAGGACAUGCAGAGGAAGACCCUCAGGAUCUCUGUCUGUGACGAGGACAAAUUUGGCCACAACGAGUUUAUCGGUGAGACCAGAUUCUCGCUCAAGAAACUGAAGCCUAACCAGAGGAAGAAUUUCAAUAUAUGUCUGGAGCGAGUGAUCCCCAUGAAGCGCGCAGGGACCACCGGCUCAGCGCGAGGCAUGGCUCUUUACGAGGAGGAGCAGGUGGAGCGAAUCGGCGACAUCGAAGAGCGCGGCAAGAUCCUGGUGUCACUCAUGUACAGCACGCAGCAGGGAGGCCUCAUCGUGGGCAUCAUCCGCUGCGUGCACCUGGCCGCCAUGGAUGCCAACGGCUACUCCGACCCGUUCGUCAAGCUGUGGCUAAAACCGGACAUGGGGAAGAAGGCCAAGCACAAGACUCAGAUUAAAAAGAAAACCUUGAACCCUGAGUUUAAUGAGGAGUUUUUCUAUGACAUCAAGCACAGUGAUCUGGCGAAGAAGUCACUAGACAUCUCGGUGUGGGACUACGACAUUGGCAAAUCCAACGAUUACAUUGGAGGCUGCCAGCUGGGUAUCUCCGCCAAGGGGGAGCGCUUGAAACACUGGUACGAGUGCCUGAAAAACAAGGACAAGAAGAUCGAGCGCUGGCACCAGCUGCAGAACGAGAACCACGUGGCCAGCGAUUAGGCCAGUGCCCAUGUCCCGGACUCCGCGUCCCGCCGUGCCCAGGUCACCCCUUAGCCUGCCCUAGGCCCCCCGCACUCUGGUCUCUCUUCUCCAAGCCUACCUCUGCCCACCCCGCCGCCCUCCCCGGGCCUGCCUUGGAGGUUUCCCCUCACAUCGGGCACUGCUGCCAAAGACCGCCUCCUCCCUCCCCGAUGCUGGGCUGUGGGCUGUGAGUGCAGCUGUCUCUGGUCCCCAGGGUAGAGCAGUCAGGAGGAGCCCGGGGGAUGUUUACAAAGAGGUUGUUCACUUCCUAGCCCUCGGUCCGGGUAAGCUACCAGGGUCUCUUCGCCGUUUUCAGACCCUCCUGGCCUUGAACACGCACCCCUCCAUUCCCCAGGUCGUGUCUACGUGUACUCUCGGUUGUAAACAGACCCAGGCAAUGCUGUGAGGAUAAACAUGGGGGGCAGAAAUAGCAAACCCAGGCUCCCCACCUUCCAAAUCCACCCCGGUCACCAGGCAGACAGACCGCUGUGUUCAGGAACCCACCCUCCCUGCUCGAGGGCAUCAAGAAAUGGACACACAGAAUCCAGAGAGGGGCUGAGGGACCCUCUUCGGGGUGUCACCUCUUUGCUUCCAAGCAAAAGUAAGAGUCAUGACAGUCACAGCCUUUAUCACGUCCUCCGUCACGUUGCCGGCUCCCUUUCUCAGCCCCUCACCUCUCCUCUCCACUCCCUGCCUCUCCCCUCUCGGAGGGGGUGCAACUACAAACAUAAAACGUGUGUCUUACGAGAGCCUCCCUGCUCUCACCCCUGGCCCUGCUUCGUAAACGGCUCCCCUCUGCUGUCAUGCAGCCGGGUACCCUCGGGCUCUGGGCCAGCUGGCACUGCCCCGGUGCACGGCGGCUUCCCUCAAGCUGUGUAGACGCCUCCCUGCCCCCAGCCUCCCCAGGUGGGCACAGGGCACGUUUGGAAGAUCAGUGCUAUGCAUCCCAGGGGCUUCCGCCCAUGCCCAGGCCUUUCUUCUCCCUCUACUCCGAGCUCAUUGAACAAACUACCUUCCCCUGACACUCUCUGACCGUUUCAAUGACCCUCUCGAGUCCCGUCUCUGUCACUCUUUACCAAGUUUCCUGGGAGAACCAAAUGCCGUCGCGGGUGGAAAACUUUAGACAGCAGCCGCCUCUGAUGAGGCCAAAUGCUUUGGGUAAUCACACAUCAUUUAGUCUUUCUUCCGAAAUCAAAUAAACCAGGAGGAAACUGUAACAUGGACGAACAUUGGGGUGGUGAGAGAGGCCUGAUUUUCCUCAUUCUGAUAAGUUUUCGCCCUUGAAAGUCACCCCAAGCCCCACCCAAGAUCUCUAUAGACGUCCUCAGGCAGACACUCAAACUCGAACUUACCCACACCGCCACCGUUGGCCUCCCUUCCACGCCCGCCCCCAGCUCCCUGUGCAAGCCAUUGGAGGACUUUCUUGCCUUCCAUAACCAUUUUCUAGACAUCAAGCUCAUCACCUUCCCCAUGGUGGCCACCAGCCUCCUGGCCACCAUCUUUCCUCUUGGCCCUGUCUUUCUCCCCUUGUCCCCGGUGGUACCCACCCUCAGCCCACCUUCUCCCCACGGUUCGCCCUUAGGAGAAAGCAUGCUGGCUGUUGGCACUGGAAUCAGCAUGCGGCAAGCUCUCCCCAACAAUGUAACCGCCUCCCCUCCUAGAGUUCCCCCCACCCCGUGCAUGCACAACUGCCAACCUCCUCUCUUUGUGAUGAUGUAGCCAAAAAUAAAAUAGGCGUAUUC